CUCUCUCUCUCUCUCUCUCAAUUCAAGCUAGCGUUUCCUUCCUUUUUCUCCCAUUCAUACAGAAUCAAUGAUAUCAAGCUAACUUUCCCGAAGUACCCUUCAACUCUUUCAAGAGUCUAAGACCUCUCUCUCUCUCUGUCUGCUUUUCCCUACAGGGAUUAGAGUGGGAUCUGCUCUGCAGAUCUCUAAAGACCCUCCUCUUCUCUUGACGAAUCUCAGCCGUUGGAUCUGCUCAAUUGAUGCUCUAAGAGAUUUCUCCAACCAUGGGCAUCCUCUUCACGAAAAUGCUCUCAUCUAUCUUCGGCAACCGGGAAGCCCGAAUCCUCGUUCUUGGCCUCGACAAUGCUGGAAAAACUACUAUUCUUUAUCGGCUUCAGAUGGGAGAGGUUGUCUCCACAAUUCCAACUAUUGGGUUUAACGUCGAGACGGUGCAGUAUAACAAUAUCAAGUUUCAAGUAUGGGAUUUGGGUGGUCAGACGAGCAUCAGGCCAUACUGGAGAUGCUAUUUCCCAAAUACCCAAGCUAUCAUAUAUGUUGUUGAUUCGAGUGACGUUGACAGACUAGUAACAGCCAAAGAAGAAUUUCAUGCUAUCUUGGAGGAGGAAGAGCUUAAAGGUGCAGUUGUCCUCAUUUAUGCAAACAAGCAGGAUCUCCCUGGUGCACUUGAUGAUGCUGCUGUAACUGAGGCGUUAGAAUUGCACAAGAUCAAAAGCCGUCAGUGGGCAAUUUUUAGAACUUCUGCUAUUAAAGGGGAAGGCCUCUUUGAAGGCUUGGACUGGCUGAGCAAUACUCUCAAGUCUGGUGGUGGCUAAAAUGUCGGAGAAGAAUUGAAGCACUUGUAAUUGCUUUCCAGCCAAUCCAUGAGUGAUGAAGAAAAGAUAUCGGUAAUAUUGCAUCGGUGACGUUUUUUACUAGAUUGGUGUUAAAUCAGUGGGACCCAUCUUAUUUUUCGAGACAAAAUGGUUCAAUAUAUAUCCUUCUCAUAUACACUACACUGUAACAUUGUGGUUUAAAAUGUUAGAUUGUAUGCCUCAGUCACAGCGUGGAGUUCAGGUAAAAGCGGUAACUCCCGAGUGUUUCUCAGACUACAAAAGGAUCAAGGACAUCAUCUACUGGCCAUAAUGCCCAAUUUUAGCUAUAACUUGCACUGACUUCUAUCAAUGGUGACCUUAGUUUCGGUACA